GGCUUGCUUGGCUGCACACGAGUGCGCACAAACACUCCCGCCACCAUUCUUGUGCUUCCCACGUCCUCACCGACACCUGCUGCCGCGCGCGACCAACCAUCAUCCACUGCCUCCCUCUCUCUUGUUGUUGUUACACCUCUGCUUCUUAUCCCGUGCGCUUUGUGUGUCACGGUCACUUUCUCUCCCUCAAUCACAUUCAAGCCGGUCUUCUUUUUCUCAAGCUUCCAUUUCAGCAUACAACAAGUACAAGUCGUGUGACCUUCACCAAAACACAAACACAAACACAAUCCUCCGAGCCUGCUGCCGUCUGAUCCCGACGUCUGCCUGAUCUCGAGUUUGCUCUGCUGUCCUUUUGUGAUCCUUCUGGUUCCCCUUUCUUCUCCCUCCACUUCGUCUCGCAACAAGCAACACCGCAACCAUGGCCGCCGAAAUACGCGUGAUGCACCAGCAUGAGACCACCAUCCAAGCCAAGGUGGUGCCCGGCCUUGUGUUCUGCCACGACUCGCAGGACUUCCGAUCGAAGGUGCUGCUGUCAACGCAGGGCGGGCGCAAGACCUCUGCCGCCCGCAUCCUGAAGAAGAACGGCCGCCUGUGGAACAUGCCCAUCCCAGAAGGGUACGAGCUUGCCAUGUUCUCCACGGAGGACCCGGCCAUCUUCUGUGUGCCCGGUGACACCACAAACCUCGCCGACUGCACGCGCCUCAACCUCUACCGCAAGUGCCUCAUGGCCGAUCAAGCCGGCGUCACCUUUGACCUCACCACCACCAAGGACUGUGUGUGCGCCCUGCCCUACCGCACCUUUGGUGACGUUGCCUGGCACUUUCUCGUUGCUCUCCGCAGCGAAGGCAACCUUCACUGGUUCCUCUCAAAGGAGACGUUCACCCUCGUCAAUGAUGACUCCAAGCCGACGAGGAGGCGGAAGCGCACCCCUGCAAACAAGACGGGCAACACUGGCGCAAGCACAACUUCCGCCACCGCAAAUAAACAGGAGGAGUGCGACGUUGCACAGGCGCAGCAGGCGCAGCAAGCCACAGCUCAACAGCAGCAACAGGCGCCAGCCAUCGUGCUUGGUUCAUACGUGUACCAUCGCCAAGCACCCAACGGCCCAAUUGGCACCGUGAUGGAGGUGGACGACACGAGCAGCCUUGCAGUUGUCUCCUGGUCCACGGGAUCCCAGAUCAUCUACCACGUGACAGACCUCAUGCCGGCCAUGCCCGCAACACAGCCGCCAGCGCCCACGCCUCACAUGGUCAGCAAUACCGCGCCCUUCUCCAUGGGGCAGCAGCAGCAACCAACACAACCCGUGCUCAACCUCGACUCGACCUGGCAGCAGGCUGAGCAGCACCAGCACCAGCAGCACCAGCCCAUGCAGACACAGGGCUCCCUCGACAUGUUUGUCAAGGAGGAAGAGGUUGUGCAGGCACCGUUUCUGUCCACGCCCAGCGACCUCCCAGACUUGCUGCCCGCACACCCGUCUGCGUCCACAACAUUCGACACUGCACCUUUCUCCGGGUUCCAGAUGCACCAGGACCAGUUUACUCAGCAACAGCAACAGCACCAGCUGCAACAACAACAACACCAGCACCAGCCGCUCCCCGACCAGCAGCAGCAGCACCAGCAGCACCAGCAGCAGCAGCCGUUCUCUGCGGCAAAUCUGCUCGAGCUGGACCCGUUUGCCACAGAUGACGCCUUCAUUCCAGCCUACGACGACCAGCCCAGCAUGGGCAUGGGCAACAACUUUGGCGGCGGGUUUGGUGUGUCCAUGAACACGUCCGGCAACGCCUCCUUCGGCAUGGGCAUGGAUAUGGACGUGGAGAGCCCGCCCCGCCCAGACUAUGACAUGUUCUCGACCGCUCACUGAACACACGCUCACUGAACACACGCACACUUGUUCCUGGUGCUGCGUUCUUGACAUUUCCCUGAAUGAGCCUGGUGGUGGCUGUUAUUUGUGGUUUCUCCCGCAGGGGAUGUUGUGAGGGUGGAUUUGAUGUGAAGAACCAUUCACUGUUUCGUGAACGUGUUCACUGUCACAAUCACCUUCUUCUUCUUCUUCGUCCCUGUCAGCAUUGAUGCUUUGCCCUGCUUUGUCCUAUUGGCCCUGUAAUCCCAUUUUGGGACAUGCCACCUUUGUUCCGUGGUAGCUUGUUGUUGUUCUUCUUCUUCGUCCUCGUGUGUUAUCCUUCCUUGCUCGCCCUUUUUCUUUAGCUCGAUUGCCCUCCUAUUCUGCCUCGUUCGCUUUUGCGGGUGCGUGUACCCUGUGCAGUGGAGCUGCUUGCUCGCCUGCAUUGUCGUGCUGCACACAUGCACGCACGUAUGGUUUAUUUUGGUUCAUCCUAAAGCUCUUACAUUACACCCCUUCCACGCUUGCACACACGUGCGUGCUUGUUUCUUUAUUCACGCUUGCCGUGUGUGUGUAAGUGUCAUUUGUUCGCUCCUUUUCGGUCGUCUUUCACUGCCAUGACUAGCUCGCCCUCUCUGCCUUUCUCUGCUCAUGUGCUGUGCACGAGUGUGGAGUGAUGUGACACAUUAUGCUGUGACAUGAUGUGUGACAUGGCCACGCUCUGCACCUUGCUCAUGUCAAUCAACAAUAAACUUCAUCCAAAUCCACA